AAAUUCAAAGAAGUUUCUAUCACUCAUCAAAUCAUUGGUCGCGUGAACAAAGUUGAUCAUUGUUGCGGAUUCCGUGCAGGAGUGUCAUAGUCAUAAAUAUAAUAAAUCGCCUCCAGGCAAAUGUCACGAACGACGCGUUAUCCGUGGCCCGUGACAGUGCCUUUGUUUGCUAUAAAUAGAAAAAGUAGGUUAUCCGCGAAAUCAAUUCUGAAAAUAGAGCAUAUUAUGAAACUUUUAAAAGAACAUUUUGAUUUUUUUAAUGAAAAUUGAAAGGAGAAAUGAUUUUAAUAUAGAUUAAUUCAGAUCUUGCAUCCUCUUAAACUCACUUUUUAUUUUGUGCGUCAAUGCCAAAAUAUUAGAUAAUUUCACUAUGGAACUGAACAAUGUGGGAAAUAAUAAAAGUUCCAUAUAUAUGGCAAUAUCAUUUAAAAAACUGUGUUUGGCAACAGUGUCUUUACCUCUGGUCACACUUUUAGUCUGUUUUGUUACAGCAUAUAUUUUCCAACAAGAUGAUAUCCAUGAAACACACUGCAGGGUUUAUAAUGUACUUCCAUCAAUCUCAGCUAUUACUGGUAUAUCUCCUCAACGAUAUUUAUGGCGCAUAAGCAUAGCUCUACACAUAGGUCCUCGCCUAAUUAUUGCUACUGUAUAUCAUUCAUAUUAUUAUAAAAUACUUAAAACAGUUGAAGAUGUACCUUCCAAAAUUAUGGGAUUUAGACUUUUAAAUCUAUGUUAUUGGUUAAGCAUGGCAGAAGUGGCAGCGCUAUGUGGAGUUACAUAUAUUUCUAACAGAGAAAAUUAUUAUGUGCAUGAAAAAAUCUUCAUUAGCUUUAUGAUCAGUUCUUUAACAUAUAUGCUAGCAGAAGUGAGAUUGGGUCGUCUUGUAACUCCAAAUGCACAAAGUCUUCAAUACAAACAGGCACUUUUUAUAACUAGUCUUGUUAGUACUGUUGGUCUCAUCGUUUUCUUUCUAAAGCAUAGGUUACUGUGUCAUGAUCUCGCAUUUAGCUGGUUUUCCUUUUGCGAGUAUGUGAUUGCCUCUGCAAAUAUGGGUUUUCAUGUAACCGUAAUUCUAGACUUUCCCAAGGAGCAGCUGGUUGUUGGAAAUGGUUUACCUGCCUCAAAGGUGGAUUAACUUGUAACAUUUUAUAUUCAUUAUUAUCUUAUUAUUGUCAUCAAAGUGCCUACUGCCACUGUCUGGAAGUGCUAUUGCCAAAAAUGAAAAAGUAUAUAAUACCAUACUAUAUAUAGCUGAGUAUCCACUGAUGAAUAUUGGUAAAUAUUUCUUAAUAAAAUAAUUGUACAUUAUAUGAAUGAAAUCAAAACCUUAAUGAAAUCAAAUAUUCAAUAUUCUUAUCUUAAGGAAAACAAUUACGAAUGCAAGAUCUAUAUAGUAGUUAUAAUUUAUAUUUCUUCUUUUUAUAAGCUUAUUUUGACUGAUUAUAAAUUUAUUUAAAUUAUAAUUUAUACUCAACAGUACUUUUAAAAAUAUUUAUUUGUGACAUAUUUAAGUAUUUGAAUAAAUAUAUCACAGAUAAUAAUUUUUAUUAAAAGAUAUUUUAUAUAUUUAGUGGAUACAUGAUUUAAAGCACAAUACUUUUUCUUUUAGCAGAUUUUAUCAAAAUAGUAUUAAUUAUAUUCUUUUAUGUAAUGCUGCAGAUAUGUAAGAUAAUUUUUACUUUAGCAUUUCUUAGUUACCAAUGACUUUUAUCAUAAAUACACUUUCCAAUUAUUUCCAUAUGAAAAGGCACAACUGAAGAUUAAAGCUAAAAGGGAAAAAAUAUAUUUUAAAAAAUCUAGCGCUUCCAAAGUAUGGCACUGGUAUCUUCCCAGGCAAUGAGAAAAAAUCUUAAAUGGCCUUUUAGGUAAUGAGAAUUUGUAGUGAUACGGGACAAAUAUGUAUCCUACAUACAAACAAUAUUAAGCUUAAAAGUCCAAAAUAAUGAAAUUUCAUAUUUAAUUUAUGUUCAUCUAUUGCAAAAAGAAAAAAGAAGAAUUAUUAUUAGCACAAAGUAAAUGCUCUUUUAUAGUGAAUUUUAAAUUGCUUCUCUGAAAGUUCUUUAAGAUGUGAGAUUUCUAGUCAGUAUUGCAUUCUAGUCCUUUUACAACUUUUUCUUUUCUUUUUUUCUAUCUUUUUUUAUCUGCUUUAAGAGAAGCAUCGUUAUCAUGUCACGAAUUUUUGACACAUUGUUAGCAUGUAGGAUGCAUUUACCUACGUUUAUGAAAUAACUGUAUGUAAUUUUAAUUUAAGAUACAGUAGAAAUAUUGUUCAUCAUUGUACAGUUGUAAUAUCAUUAAUAUAUUUUAUCGUAUCCAUAUAAUACACAAAUCACACGUCAUAUAAAAAUGAAAGGAAAAAUAUAACCAAAAGAGAUUUAUAAGUUACUCAAUAUUCACGUAACAUGGAUUAUAGCAAUACUGUGUUAUGAGCAUAAGGAUGAAUUACCAUGUUCAUAUAUGUAGCAUAUAAUCUUUAAAUGCAAUCGAUUGGUAUUCAAUUAAUCUCAACGAAAAUAGAAAAUGCUGACAGAAAGUGAAAUUGAUGACUAUCUUGUACGAUAUAUUCCUGACCAAAGCAUGAAUAUUACGUCCAAAAACCACGGAGCAAAUUGAAAAAGUUAAUUUAGAUCACUGUUUGUACUUGUACUAAAUUUUAUAAUCACAUUACACCCUUUCAAGAUACUCGCGUUAAAUAUUUCACAGAAAGUAUUAAAUAAGAAAAAGGAAAAACUGUUUGUGAUGAAGUGUACUAUUGUUGUUAUUGGAAUCAGUUGUAUAAAUCCCAAACAUUACACAUAUAAUUAUGAGAAUAUUACGUAAGUAAGAUCAUGAUUACGUUUCUUAAAAAUUUUGUUUCAAAUGCAACUAGCUUGAAGUAUGUUUACAUUGUAUAAUUUGGUAUAAGGAAUUUUUUCUUAUAUUGCUUUUACUCUUUUGUUGAUAAACACAUGUCAUCAAUGUAUUUCUGUAUUAUUUACAAAAACGAUUACAUGACAUUUCUUUUUUUGUUGAAAUAUAUUAAAUUAUUGUUUUAUAAAUUCGAUUGCCAAGUGUUCAAAAGCAUGUGAAAAUUGUAAGAAAAUUGUACAAUUACUCGAGCAACAUAUAUUGGUGUUUUUUAUUGUAAUACAAAAGCAAGCGUUUAUACUCGUUUCAAUAGAUAUUUAUAAGAAGGGAGCCAUCUUCGAUUUCGAUAAUCUUUUAAUAUAUUGUCAAAAUCAUCCUAAAUUGUAUUGUGAAAUCGUACCCCGUAAAAACCAAACUUACCGUAUCUAUUCAUUUUUGUUUAAAUUGAAAUAGGAGUUGGAUUAGCUUAGAUCUUUUUGGGGUGAGAGUGCAGGAGCUGGGACGAAAUCCCUCCUGUGCCCACACUUUUACUGCAUAACAUACGUCAUUUUGUAGUAACGAAAUUAAAUACAACGAGCUGUUCAGUACUGAUUGUGAGUUACCUUUUUUUUUUUUUGUUGUUGAAAAAGUUUAAAAAGUCAGUUCUACAGGAGUUAUAA